AUGUCUCAGAUGUUUGAUAUAUUCGAAGAUCUAAAAAAAGAAACCGAAAAUCUUCAAGUAAAACUAAACGAAUUAUCCCUUCAAGAAGAUAGUGAAUACAAUAAGUUUUUCAAUAAACUUGAGAGAUUUUUCAAUUAUGUGGAUACGAGAAAUGUGGAAUAUUUAGAUGAUGAAUUCCAGUAUUUGAAGAACUUUGAUUCUGCAAAAGAAAAUAGGGAACCUAGCACUGAUAAUGAAUCGAUUAAGUCGCAAAGAACAAGAAACACCAAUGCAGAGAAACCCAUUAAAAUUAAACAAGAGAAAAUAUCCAUUGCUUCUGCAAUUUCUACCUCAACGGGUUCAAAAACGGAUGAUGCGGAAGAAAUGCCUGCUCCAAAACUUGUUCCAAAGAAAAAGAAAAAACCACAAAUUAAAAUGGAGGAAACAUUUACAAGAACAACAAGAUCUAAAGUCAGAACCAAUCAAGAACCUGCCCCAGAGAUCAAAACUGAUAGAUGUUCCGAUGUUGUUAUACAAGACACUACAAUUACUCAUAUAGACAUUACUGGAGAUUCUGAAGUUCCUUUGCCUAAAAAUGUCUUAAACGUCCCGAAAGCUUCAAAACCCGUUAAUUCGCCGAUCGUAAGAGUUACACGUUCGAAAGUAAAAUCGAAGCAAAGUGCCAAUAUAACUGCACAAACUGUGUAUGAAGAUGCACAAUCCAAUUUACCGAAUGAAAACGAAGCGGUUCAACAAAAUGAUGCAACCAUGAUCAUCGAGAAUCCCGUAAUUAAACCUGGAGACGUUCCAUCUGAGCCAACGAUUCUGAAAAAUUACCCGAAAUCUCCGGCUAGAAUAAAAUCCAAGAAAGACCAAAUCCGAGAAAUAUUCAGCCCCUUCGAGAAAACCACUACGAAAAAGAAGAUCGAGGCUUUCGAGAAUCUUGGUACAUGUAAAACCCCGCAAAGUGCGACGAAAAUUCCGAUUUCAAAACAAAAGAUCUACCCUGCGUCUGCUACCAAAUACAACACACCGACUUCGAACAAAUUCAUGCCGAAGAAUUGUAGCACAACGAAAACUGAUAGGGCCCUUCCCGGGUCUUCUUCCUUCCUUGAAAGCGGUCUGUCGAUGAAGGCCUUGCAAACUUCCCAAGCCGAAUUUAGAGAAAUAGAAAAACGGCGCCAACAGAAGGAGAUGGAGGCGCUGCGUAAAAAGGAGGCCAUGAUUCUAGCUGCGGCAGAAGAGAAGAAGAGGAAGCGCGAGGAAAAACUCUUGAAGGUGCAACAGCAAAAAGAAUUACUGGAAAAAGAGCAACAGUAUAAAUUAGAGAAGCAGAGGCUCAAGGAAGAGAAGCAUAAACUGGCCAUGGCGGAAAAGGAGAAGUGUAGGAUGAAGAGUAAAGAGGAAUUGGAGAAAAAAAGAAUGCUGAUUAAAGAAAAGGCUAAAGCAACUAAGGAAAUUCCAAUUUAUCUUACGACGAAAAUACCGCCCUUGCCGACGGCCGAUUGUUACGACUCCGAUGAUGAGAAAUAUGUGAAAAAAUCAAAAUAUUACCUACCUUGGUGUGAAAGUAACACUUUAUACAAUCAACUACUCAGACAACACUAUGGGAUAAAGAGUAGACGAAAAUUAAUGCAAUGCGUCAACCAGACGCCCAAUCUUUUGGAAAUAUUUGAAGAUAUCGAUCCUAAAAAAAUGAAGCGAAAGUCAAGUGCUGAGUGGAAAGUACCUCCCAGAUAUACUCUAUUUUCGACAACACGCGACACGCAUUUUAGCGAAGAUUCCGAGGGAGAAUCAAAUGGUACUUGUCGUUAA